UAUUAGCAUUCUUCGUGGUGGUGUCGUCGUCUUCUUCAACGAAAGAAAAUCAAAAAACGAUGCAAAGAUUUUCAGCGAUGAAAUGUUUGUGCGCCGUCACUUGCAUCAUGAUUGUGGUGGCGACAGUUACUUCAGCAGCGCCAUCUUAUGCAGAUUACGACAAUAGCAUAAGGGACUUGUGGGAGAUUCUCCUCCAAAAGGAGGCGAUGGACGACAAAUUGGGAGGAGGUGGAGGAGGUUUUCAAAUGGUGAGGAAAUCGGGACGUUCGCCCUCUUUGAGGCUGAGGUUCGGGAAGAGGUCCGAGGCGAGCAUGACGCCGGAAGCAGCGUUCAUGAUGGCUCAAGCGGUCGACCAUGAAACCAAUUAAUUAUCCUAAAACGCAUCGCAAUGUUGAAAAUGCCACCGAUCUCCACCACAUUAGAGUACCAACCUUCUUAGUUAACUAUAUUCUAGUCAAAGACGUUGUCAUCCUUUCGAGUAUUUUUUUUUCAUUCUUAAUUAAGUAAUUAAUUAAUUAAUAGAAAGAGUAAUUCACCCCCCAGUGUUUUACGUGUGAUAAAUUCGAUUAAUUAUCAGAGUUUUUCGCACCUUUUGUGUAAUAAUUGUAAAACACACACACUCGCAUGCUAAUGUAUAAGCUGUUGGUCAUUUGUGUAAAUUUCUGCAAGAGAAUAAACAAAUUUUGUGAUGUAA